AUGGCUACGUCAAGAAUGCUGGCUAAAUCAGCCGUCCGUGCUGCCUCGACGUCGACCUCGCCGGCCACCACCAAGGCCGCGGGAGACAUCUCUAGUGUCUUCCCUAGCUUAAGGCCCGACUAUCAGCCUGAACCCCUGCCUCCGCGUUUCAAGGACUUGAAAGUGCAGUAUUUUGAAAAGAACAAGGAUGCGCUCACCCAAAGCUGGAAGCGCCUGCUUCUGAGCAUGGAGGAAGAAGUGGACAAGAUCAAGUCCAAAGGGAGUGAUAUCAUCCCCUCGGUCAAAUACGAGGAUAUCAUCAAUGACAGGGUACCCGAGUCCACCCUCAAGGAGAUCCGCCACCGCGGUACCGUCGUCGUGCGAGGUGUGAUCCCGCGUGGCGUCGCUCGCGACUACAAAGAAAGAGUCGAAGACUACGUCGCCGCCAACAAGGAGAGGGUCAAGGCCUUCCCACCGGACUCGCCGGCCGUGUACGAACUUUACUGGUCGAAAUCGCAAGCGGAGGCGCGCUCCCACCCGGGUAUGCUCGAGACCCAGCGCUUCAUGCAACACCUGUGGCACUCGUCGGACCCGCACACCAGGAUCUCAACCCGGAACCCCCUCACGUACGCGGACCGGUUGCGCAUCCGCCAGCCCGGCGACGGCAAGUUCACGCUGGGCCCGCACAUCGACGGCGGGUCCCUCGAGCGCUGGGAGGAUCCCGAGUACGCCCGCGUCUACAGCAAGAUCCUCGAGGGCCACUGGGAGCAGCACGACCCGUGGGACGCCAAGCACCGCGUCACGGCCAACAUGGACCUGUACAACGGCGCUGGCGCCUGCUCCAUGCUGCGCUUCUUCCAGGGCUGGCUCGCCAUGUCUAACACCGCCCCCGGCGAGGGCACCCUGCACGUGUGCCCCAUGCUCACCCACAGCUCCGCCUACACCAUCCUCCGACCCUUCUUCGACCCCCAGACCCAGCAGCCUCUGCUAGACAACACGUUCCCCGGUGCUGUCCCGGGAACCUGUCAGGAGUACAACCCGGUCACGCAUCCGCACAUGGCCCUCGAGGACACCAUGGUCUCCGUGCCCGAGGUGGAGCCCGGCGACUACGUCGCCUGGCACUGCGACUCGCUGCACUCCGUCGACAAGGAGCACCGUGGCCAGGGCGAUUCCAGCGUCAUGUACAUCCCGGCCACUCCGAUGUGCGAGAUGAACGUCGAUUAUCUGCUGAAGCAGCGUCAGGCGGCCCAGCAGUACUCCCCACCCUGGGAUUUCCCUGGCGCCGGUGGGUCCGGCGAGGCUGGCUUCCAGGGCGCCUUGGACUGGACGUCUGUCAGCCCUGACGGACUGCGUGCUCUGGGUAUGGGUGAUAAGCGGUGGGAGAUCACUGAUGAUAUGAGUGCGGGUGAGAAGGCUGCUGUCGAGUAUGCCAACCAGGCUUGCUUUGAUUGA